AGAAGUAAUGCAGUAAGUGCUUUGAAUAUCAGACAAUGAUGUUGAUAUUGCUUGUGUACUUCAUAAUCCAAGAUAGGCAGAGGAGAGGGAAUUUUUUUCAGUCCAGAAAAAAUUCUCAUCCCUUCCUCACAACAUUUUGCCUGUGAAGAGAGACUGUGCAUAAGCCUCAAGUCUGCUUGGUGAUGUGCAGAAUCCAGAAUGGAUGUCCUCUUCGUAGCCAUCCUUGCUGUGCAACUUAUCCUAGGACAAGAAUAUGAGGAUGAAAAAGGACUGGAAGAGGAUGAUUAUUAUCAGGUGAUCUAUUAUUACACAGUCACCCCCAAUUAUGAUGACUUUGGUGCAAAUUUCACUGUUGAUUACUCCAUGUUUGAAUCUGAGGACAGACUGAACAGGCUGGAUAAGGAGGUAAGGGAAGCAGCAGAGACUACCAUUAGUCAUGAAACAGAAGGUGCAGACACUCAGAAGCCAGAAACAGUGAAACCAAUGACAACGGAACCACAGAGUCCAGAUCUGAACGAUGCUGUAUCCAGUCUGCAGAGUCCUGUUCCCCUCCUCCUGUCCUGGGCCCUCGUUCAGGGGGGGAUGUAUUUCAUGUAGAAGGAGAAAGAAGGCUGCUACAACUCUUUUGAUGGGGAUUUGGGAAGAGGAAAUUGGAAGAUAAAUAAAUGAAAUAAUCCGG